AAUUCCAUCUUAUGCACAUGAGAAUAAAACACCUAGCAGCAUUCUGGGGUUCAGUAUAAAAGAAAAUGUCUCUAAUAAAACUAUCAUGCUGUCCUCCUAUAUUGGCACUAUUUGUACUGAUUGGAGCCGAAAAUGCUAAUGAAUAUUACGCAACCGAGUUGUCAAGAUGCAUCUACACCUCUCAUGAUCUAAGUGAUAUGGUGUUUAUUGACAACUACUAUUUUAAUAAACAUCUAGUCACACAGUUCAACAGCACUCUGGGGAAAUUUGUAGGGUUUACGGAGUAUGGAAUAAAAAAUGCAGAAAUCUGGAACAAUAGUUCCUUGCUGCAAAAAGAGAUAUCUAAUGUUGAUUCUGAAUGCAGAUUUUACAUUAAAACCAGAGACAAAGCCGUCCGUGAUAAAGCAGUGAAGCCAACAGUUGUGCUCAGUUCAGUAACACAGGCGAAUGGAAGACAUCCAGCUAUGUUAAUCUGCAGUGCGUAUGAAUUUUAUCCUCGACACAUCAAAGUGUCCUGGCUAAAAGGCGGUAAAUCGGUGACCUCUGAAGUGACCUCCACUAUGGAGAUGGCUGAUGGUGACUGGUAUUACCAGAUCCACUCUGAGCUGGAGUACACACCCGGACCUGGAGAGAAGAUCUCCUGUUUGGUUGAGCACGCCAGCUCCAGUGAACCCAUGAUUUAUGACUGGGAUCCAUCUCUUCCUGAAUCUGAGAGGAAUAAAAUCGCUGUUGGGGCAUCUGGUUUGGUGAUGGGAUUCAUAAUAGCGGCUGUUGGAAUCUUAUACUACAGAAAAAAAUCAACAGGAAUGAUUCCCAUACCUCAUUAAGUGUGUUCAUGUCCUGCUGAGAAGUUUGUAUAUAUGUUUAUAUGUAUACUUUGGUUUGGGGCAAGAUGCUGAUGUAUCUUCUACAAAAUGAUGAAUGCCUAUCUUUAAGGAAUGCCUAAAUUUAAUUAAUAUAUACUGAUUUUUUAUCAGGACAGACACUGCAUCCACUGGAUCUAUGGACGUGUUUCAUCAGACAUAACUCAAACUGACUAAUAUUUACAACUUUCAUAGAACUUGUAAAUACAAAUAUUUCAAAAUGAAUAUUUCUGCACAUGACUUAAUUUUAUCACCUGUUAUUAGAUUAUUCCUAAUUUAGUAUUUUUGUGUAAUUAUAACCUUCUGUUUUAGUUGCUAUUGUUACAUUAUUAUCUAUAUUUAACAGUUAUUUUUAAUCCUUGUCCUGGGUACAAGUCCCUUUACACAUUUUGCAUUUUCCAUUAAGAAACCUUAUUCAAAUGACCAGACUAUUAGACAAGGAUUACAUGAACUCAGCUCAGUAUAAUAGAAUAAAAUAAAUAAAUAAAUAA